AUGCUAGAACAAUUUACAGAUAAAACACAGCUUCAUAAUAAGACAAAUAAAUAUCAAAAACAUAUAGCAUAUAGUGCUGGUUACUAUGUAAAAUGUAGCUACAACGAAGACUUGAGUUUUUUCAAGAGCUACAGAGGUAGAGAUUGCAUGGAUUGGUUUGCAAAUGAAUUAUCGAAUUUAGCUGAAAGUAUUAAAUCAGAAAUUAAAACUAUUACACCUAUGGAAGAAAAACCAGAUUUACCCAAAAAAGGGGUUUUCUGUUACGAUUUUAUAGAUAGUUGGGAAAAAUUAAAUACUUGUGAACUACCACCAAUAGAGGCAUUUUAUAAUAAAUUGGAGGAUAAAAACAUCAGUAUUGAGAAGUAUUCUCAUGCUCAUGCAGUGUGGAAAUCAUUUGAUAUUGAAAAUUUGGGUCAGUAUUCUGAUCUGUACUUAAAGACCGAUGUUUUACUUUUAUCAGAUGUUUUCAAACAAUUUCGAAGAAAAUGUUCAAUUACUUAUGGUUUAGACCCUGCAUGGUACUAUACAAUGCCUGGAUAUACUUGGGACUGUAUGUUGAAAUAUGUAGGAUGUAAAUUAGAGUUAUUGCAUGACGUAGACAUGAUCAUGUUUAUCGAGAAAGCAAUUCGAGGAGGAAUUUCGGUUUGUAGCAGUAGAUUAUCGAAUGCUAACAAUAAGUACAUGCCUAAAUAUGAUUCUACAAAACCCUCAAAGUACUUACUCUACCUGGACGUCAAUAAUUUAUACGGGUGGGCUAUGUGUAAACCAUUACCAUACGGAGGAUUUGAAUGGUUAGAUAAUGAAAAUUUUGAUGUUAUGUCUGUGGCAGAUAAUUCUUCCGUAGGAUAUAUAUUACAAGUAGACUUGGAGUAUCCACAUGAAUUACAUGAUCUUCACAGAGAUUUUCCAUUUGCUCCCGAACACCGCAAGCCUGUAGGCUCAAAUUAUUCCAAAUUAAUGACAACGCUUUAUUGUAAAAAAGAAUACACAGUUCACUAUCGUAAUUUAAAACAAAUGUUAGCCAACGGUUUGAAAAUUAAAAAGAUACAUAAAAUUCUGAAAUUCAAUCAAUCUGCAUGGCUGCGGCCCUAUAUCGAACUAAAUACUCGUUUGAGGGCUGCAGCUACCAAUGACUUUGAGAAAAAUUUAUAUAAAUUGGCAAAUAAUGCUGUGUUUGGAAAGACGAUGGAAAAUAUACGGAAGCACCGAAUUGUAAAACUUGUUAAAACCUGGAAUGGUCGAUACGGCGCCAAAAAUUUGAUAUCUAGUGUUAGGUUUCAUAGUCGAACAGUUUUUAAUGAAAACCUAAUUGCAGUAGAACUCACUAAAUCAGAAUUGGUUUUCAAUAAGCCUCUUUAUGUUGGUAUGACAGUUUUGGAUUUGUCGAAGCUGUGUAUGUAUCAAUUCCAUUAUGAUUACAUGAUUCCGAAAAUGGGUAUUGAUAGAUGUAAAUUAAUGUACAUGGACACAGACAGUUUUGUGUAUGAGCUCAUCUGUGAUGAUGCAUAUGAGGAGGUGCUAAAAGCUGAUUUAACAAAAUUCGAUACUUCAGAUUACCCCAUCAAUAAUAACUAUAAUAUUCCACAGUUUCCAAUAUAUCUUUAUGUCAUAGCAGUAAAAACAAUAUUCAUGAAAUGUAUCUCUCUUGUCGUUGCGUCAAACGUCACAUCGUUACGUCAAACGUCACGUCGUUAUGUCAAACGUCACGUCGUUAAGUCAAACGUCAAGUGCUGCGUCAAACGACCAUCAAACGUGUCUACGUAUGAGAAUGUUCUCUUUCGUAAUAUGUCUUCAGAAGAGUACAGACGUCGAAUUGAAGAGUUUAUUAAUAGCAUUGGUGAAUUAAAGAAAGAUAUUGCUUUCUAUGGAGAUAAAAGUGAGGUUAUGAAACAAAUGCAGAAUCUUAGUUUAUUUGAUAAGAAAGUGACGUGGAGCAGUCUUCACUGGGUGCCUGAAGAGGUCCAUCAGUUGGCCCGUAGACUGCCGCAAACUACUUAUCCGUUAAGACGUAUUCAACCUACACCUUGUUCAACAGAACAGAAGGGGAUAUAA